AAAGGACACGCCGUGCAAUGCAGACAGAGACUGCAGACAUGCAGCAGCACAGAGCGGCAUAUAUGUUUAAAGAGGCUGCAGCAAAGAGGGCUAUUGAUGAGGUGUGUUAAGAAUGACAUCUUUGGAAACCUGAUAUUAGGGAUUACUCAAACAUGUGACUGCACAACUACUCCAAGUGACUUUGAGGUCAAGUUUGCGGACCCUCAACAUGGUCUCUCUGUGGAAUAUUUAUUUUCUCUUCCCUCUCUCUUUGCCUCACUCGCUUCAUGCCAUAGCGUUAACUGGAGAAAAUGUGAAAGAAACACAACAGCCAGACAGUGACAAGGCAGGGCAGUUUCUGAAACAGCUCUCAAGUAGACCUCAUGUACCCGGUUUAGCACCAAGUGAUCCCAUGAUUGCACCCGAGGAUGAUGACUUCCUGGGUUCCCCUUUAAGUUGGUCCUUAUCAUCAUCUGAGGACACAGACAGACAAGGUGUGAUUGGUGAAUACGGCGAUUUACUGGAGAGCGCUGAGACAUCUCUUUUAUUUCCUAAUGAGAAGGGACCCAUACCCACAAAGGGUGCUACAGUAGAUACCGCCUCCACAGAGAGAAUGCUAACAAUGAAGUCCUCAUCAGCAAGUGUACCACCCAAGCUUACCCAUGAACAAACAUUAAAGAAUCAGCCAGCUGAGACCAACACUGCAUCGAUUUUGUAUCCUAGAGAGACUGGAGAGAAUCAGCCAACAUUCCCAGGCUUUCAAAAUCAGAUGACUGAUACUCACUUACCCUCUCUUCUCCCUGGCUCACUCCCAUCACACACAUCAGAGCAGAACUCAACUUCAUCACUGCCCACUGGACCGGGGCCAGACACUCUUGGAUGGACCACAGGCAUUUCUGUUACCACAAAGGGAAACAGAGAUGGAUUCAUUGAUAUUACAGAUCUUAUUUUACAGAGAGAAACUGCCAGCAUGGAGGCAAAAGAAGAUGACUCCAAGAAUGAUUCAAAAGCCAGAAGCCCAAGCCGGCUAGAUGGUAACAUGGACACAAUUGCCACAACCUGCAAAACACUAAAUCAUUCCUGGACACCUACCUACCCAGAGGAUUUUACUCACAACAAGCCUCUGCACCCCUUUCUGGCUCUCACCCCUUCAUUUUUGGUCCCUUUGUAUUCAGACUGGAACUCUGCCCUGGCUACAUGGGGAUUUGCAUGGGAAGCACAUAUCUAUGGCCUGGGCUCUGUCUUCACUGUAUUUGGCCUAAUCUCUGUAGUCUGCUUGUUAGGGCUGCCCCUGAGGUGUCCCCCAGGAAGCCCCUACUUCACAAUGCUGCACUUGUUCAUUUUGGCAUUUGCAGGGAUCCAAGCUUUCUGUUUGCUUUACGAUGCUUACAGUUACCAAGAUCGCCUUUCCCCUGUGGUCUCUCUGCUGCUCUCCGAACUGCCAUUGCCAUGUUUGAUCUCAGCAUUUUCCCUGGCCUUCCUCCUUCUUUCCUUUCGUUCACGCAAGCAUCUUUCCCUUCCACCUGUUAUUUCUGCCUCCUUCUCAGCCUUGCCAAAGCCUUGCUUGUUGCUAUGUUUGGCCCUGUUACAUUUUAUUAUCUCUUUGGGGUGUUUUGGGAUUUUUCAGCUCUUUCACAGCCUCCCGACUGUCAUCCUGCUCUUUCCUCAGGGUGUGUUUGUAUGUCUCACCACCUUUCUCUCAUGCUCAUACCUCAUCUUCUACUGCUUAACACAAGUCAACAGUAGAAACAUUUACAGGUUAAAUGACAAUGGAGAGAGUGGAGGAUCUCCUGAGGUGAUGCGACCUGCAAUUUGCCCCUUUGCUAGUAUGAAGGACUGGGGUAGGGCAGCAGGAGCUGGAGUAGUAACUUCUUUGUGUUUGUUAGGGUGUGGAGGUCUUCAGCUUUAUGGGAUCCUGCAUGCCCUUGGUUUGGGUGGGGUUGAUGGCCAUGGGUUUCAGCCUUGGCCAUGGUGGGGCUACCAGGUAGGCUGCAGACUCUGUGAGAUUGGGGUGUGUCUAGGUUUGUCUGUCAUUGGCACACAUCCUCUGUUCUGUAGCAACUCUAACAAGACCCUAGCACAUCCUAGACCAGGAUCUUGGUCCCGUCUAUCCUGUGGCUCUCCUUCACGAAUGCUCACCAUAACCUCUCAGGAUGGUGCAAAUUCCCCCGUCCUUUCCCAGGGUAAGCAAGAAAAGCUGGUGGCUUGUGAUGUUGUCGUCAAGGAGCAGUCAGAGGUUCUUCCUCUUUGCUCAAUUGUGGAGUCUCCUGGGAAUAUACCAGACUGUGUUCACAAACCCAGCCAAAGCAAAACUGUACUACCUCUCCCCACACCCCCAAACCCACCGCAUAAACCUACAGCCUCAGCUGAGGCUCCCCUGUCAUCACUGGAUAAUUUAGGUCUGGAGACUGACUCGACUGUGGAUCUGCGGCCUCCAUCUCCCAUAGACUUGUCGCGCAGCAUCGACCAAGCUCUGUUCAGCGAAUCCCUGUUUUCUCAUAGUAUCUUUGGUUUCCCAAGACUCAUACCUGCUUCCUCAAGCCUUUCCUUGAGCUCCCCUAGCCAAAGUACAUCAAACCAAGGGCCCAGCUCUGUGGGAAAUACCCUUUACCGAACUUCUUCUUGUGGAGAUGUAGAUCAAGAGAACACCUUGUCCAACUCCAGGUAUUCCCAACCUCAAGGCUGUAUGACAGCUCGUAGAAAUCAACCAUUAUCACCAGACCAAUGCGAUUGGAAAGGGAGUGUUACUGGUUCAACCCAGGGCCUUUGCAGCCAUUCCAAAGAAACAGGAAAGCUGCGAUCACAUUCAUGGGCCAACAGAGGGCAAAAUUUUACUCAGAGCAGCCUCCCACGUGCCAUCCCCCACCUGCAAUACCACAGACGUUACCGAACCCUGAGCUUAGCUUCCCAGGACAGUCGGGGGUCUGGCCGAUUGGCAGGAACUAAACACCUGAGUGAAAGCAAACAGCUGGAAUGGGAUAUGGCUGUACAAGCAGAGUUUGUCAGUGUGUGCAAACAAAUUGAUGCACUGAGUGUUUGCAGUGACACCAUUGAAUUGUAGGAAGCUAAAAAAAUAAAUAAAACUGGGUGUAACUGGAAUACAAAUUAUGUAGAUUUAACUCUAUUUAGGUUAGAUGGGGGAAUUAAACCGUAGUCUAUAUGUCAAAAAAGUUAUAUAGACCUAAAAUAUGAGCCAAUAUUUUUUUGUAAAUACUGUACUGUUGAUAUUGUAUAUUCAAACAAAAAAAAAGUUUAUAAGACUGACUUCAUUAUGCUGUUUUCAGCAACUUAUUUGUAUGUGUCCAUAUGUAAAAUCAAACAUUUGUUUCUAAAAAAGGUAAUAUUUGUGGCAAAGAAGUUAACCCAAACGGGAGUUCAAUUUUUUUGCUUUAUUUUGUUUUAGUGAAAAUCCAGGAUUGUGUCGAGGAAAUCUAGCAGCCAUAGGACAAGCAAAAGUCACAAAAGUUAAAGUUUGCGUUGCUGAUACGUUCUGUGGUUUGUGAGACAUACUUGAAAGGGCUUAACUUUCUCCGCUUCCCUUUUCUGAUGGUGUGCUAAAAGAAUUACAGUCUAAAUAUAUAAACCUUUUGAGGUUUCUUUGAAUUUUGAGUGUAAAAGCAUUCAUGUCACCUUUUAAAGUACCAAUAGGGACAAGCUGGUGUUGUUUGUUUUUUGUUUGUUUGUUUCCCUUGAGUUGUUUCUGGGUGUUUUCUUUUAACAGUGGAAUAUCUUUGAAGAAUGAAAACAACGUCAUUACAGUGCAUGAAUUUAAAGUGGUAGUGAAACAGUUUUUAAAUAGUAUCAAACUGUUGUUUGAAAAAUUAUCUUUAUUCAAAUACAUAUACAUCCACUAUAUAACACAAGUUACAUUAAAUGAAAGUUUGAUUCCUAGGUUGACCAAAAAAGAAGAUGUUAUUUAUGGCAUUAUUUAUAAUUAAGAUGUGUCAACUAGUAAGAAGUUUAAUUAACUGGUGACAAAUUGUUGGCAAAAUUGAAAAUUAACUGUCGAUUUUUUUUAAAACGGAGUAAUACAUGUAAUACGUGUCAAACCAAAUAUGUUGAGUACCUCACAGAAAAAAGGAAAAAUUAAAUGAAUUUAAAAAUGAUAUUUGUAAAGAUCAUUAGAAAUAAAUAAAUCAAAACUGGAAUAUUGGUUUCGUUCUACUGCAACACUAGAGAAUCCAUUACUGUAUCUACCUUUUUUUGCUUUAUUAUUAUUUUUUUAAUACUGAGCCUGGGAAAUAAAGACACAUAACCAACCAUA